AUGCGCUCCGCUGCACUGCAAUGGCACCACUUCCCCGCCCUGCCCGCCGCCGCCGGCCCCAGCUGCCCCUAUGCCGGCAGCCCGCCCCCGCCCCCGCCGCCGCUUUUUGUCGGCUCCGCCGCGGCGUCGCCAACUGAAUCGGGGCCGGCGCCCGAGGCGGCUGCGGCGCCGCAGCCCCCGUUACUUCCCAGCCGCCGCGCCCAAUCAGUGGCGGCGCAGCAGGAGCCUCAACUUGAAAGCACCCAGGAGGAUCAUCAGCAGCAGCAGCGCCCUCUACCGCCCCGCCACAGCAGCAGCGGCGAAGCCUGGGCGGCGCCGCAGCCAGUCCAAGGUUUGUGCGGGGCGGAGGCGCCGUCCAAGGUCCCGCCCGCCGCGGACGGCGCGCCUGCGCUCAGGGCAGGGCGACAGGCCGCCGCGGAGGCGAGUGUGGCGCCCGAGCA